AGCGAAGAUAGACAGAAACAAAAACAGGUUCUGCUCGGAAGGCCAACUGUGAAGUGAAAGAGCUAAAAAUAAAGAACAAAAAGUAAAGACAUUACACGUCUAUAUAGAGAUAUAGAGAGAGACUUUCAGAGAGGGAGCGAGAGAGAGAUGGUGGGCUCAGGAGGAGCAGAUAGGAGCAAAGAAGCUGUUGGGAUGAUGGCCCUUCAUGAGGCCCUUAGAAGCGUCUGUCUCAACUCAGACUGGACUUACUCUGUCUUCUGGACGAUUCGUCCUCGCCCGUGUGUAUCAAGAGUUAGAAGUGGUAAUGGUUGCAAGGUCGGAGAUGACAAUGGAAGCUUGAUGUUAAUGUGGGAAGAUGGGUUUUGCCGGGGAAGAGUUGGAGACUGUUUGGAAGAAAUUGAUGGAGAGGAUCCUGUCAGGAAAGCAUUCAGCAAAAUGUCCAUUCAGCUAUAUAAUUAUGGAGAAGGGUUAAUGGGAAAGGUUGCUUCAGAUAAGUGUCACAAAUGGGUCUUCAAAGAACCUACUGAAUGUGAACCAAAUAUUUCCAACUACUGGCAGAGUUCUUUUGAUGCUCUUCCUCCGGAAUGGACAGAUCAAUUUGAGUCUGGUAUUCAGACCAUUGCUGUCAUACAAGCUGGCCAUGGCCUUCUGCAACUGGGCUCCAGCAAGAUUAUACCUGAAGACCUUCAUUUUGUACUAAGAAUGAGGCAUGCAUUUGAAUCUCUGGGCUACCAAUCUGGUUCUUACCAGCUCUUUUCAUCAACCAGAAACAUUUCCUCUUCUUCUUCAUUACCUACUAAGCAAUCUGCAAUUCCAUCCCACCCACCACCGCCACUUUUCAACUGGAGUCAAAGGCCACUUCCAUCUGCUGCUUCUUUGCUGUCUUCACCGAAUUUUCAAAACCAUGCAGCUAGACUUGGAUUUCCACAAGCCAAAGAUGAACCCCAUAUGUUUACCCUUCCCCAUUCAUCCGAAACCCGAGUGGAAGAGAUUAUGGGAGAGCAUGAAAAUGACAUCAAAUGGCCUAAUGGGCUGUCUUUCUUCAAUGCUCUCACUGGAAGGGCAGACAAUGCCAAGCUUUUGUUUAGCCCUGAGAGCUUAGGAAACAAAGGAGACCAGAAUCACCGACCUCGUAUCCUUGAAGGGAAGAGUCCAUAUCCAAAUUCAAAUGCUUCAAAUAUGAAUAAUUCUGAUGUCAUGAACCCCAAUGAGUUCUUGAGUUUGGAUAGCCAUCCAGAUAGUGCAAGGAAAAUGGAAAACAAGUACAAAAGGAGCUUCACUUUUCCUGCAAGAAUGACUUCGUCAUCUUCUUCGACAUCUAUUGAUCAUCAUCAGCACCAAUCUGUGGAUUACCGGAACCCUGAAGCUGGGGUGUAUUCAGACAUCAUGGAGACUUUCUUGGAGUGAAAUCGACAAGACUUGUAUUAGAAGGAUAAAGGAUGAGAACUUGUAUCUAGGAAAACAAAAGGGCCUUCAUGCUCCUUUAGUACUGGGAUUUUAGAGUUUGUUUUAUUAUGCCCUUAUACUCUCUGUUUCUGCUAUUUAAUUCUCAGAACUUCCCAAUCA